AUGUCAGGUUCGUUUUGGAAAUUUAAUAAUGGAUUCACUUCAUUAUCUAAUAUCUCAACCAUAUUAGAAAAUCAUACCAUCAAUCAAGAACUGGGUGAUUUACUGUACUCAAGUUCAUUCGAAGUGUUGUUAAAACUAUUGGAUGAAAAUGAUUUACUUCAAGAAUUAUUAUCGAAUAAUCCCAUGUUAUUGGAAUUCUUACGAGAACAUGAAGUCUUAAGUAUGUUAGCUGACUUGGUCAUCAAUGAAGGUGAAAAAGUAGAUAAACAACAACAACAACAACAACAGAAUAAAGAAGAAGAAGAAUCUGAUUCAAAUAUAAUAACUGAUAAGGAAAAUGACUCCACUAAAAUUGAUGAAAAAGAUAACAAUAAAGAAGACAAUGACGAAGAAGUAGAUGACGAUGAUGAUGAUGACGAAGAAGAUGAUAAAGAUAAAUCAUUAGACAUUGACGAAGAUGUUAGUAAUAUAACCAAUGAUGAUGAAGAAACCACUGAGGAAAGAGCAAGUAGAAGAGCUGCUAUUGCCACUGAAAUCUUAAGUGCGGAUGUAUGGUCUUUAACUGAUACUGUCAUGGAAUCAACCAUUGAUCUUAAUAAGUUAUGGUCCAUUCUUGAUUCAAAAUCUCCUUUAUCAAUCAAUUUAUCAUCGUAUUUCACAAAAAUUAUGGAACAUUUAUUAGAUAUGAAAUGUGAUGAAAUGAUUACUUAUUUAAUUGAAAAUCAAUCUAAUUUAGUUGAUAAAUUCAUGAAUCAUUUAUCAAAUCCUCCUUUAAUGGAUUUCCUUUUAAAAUUAAUCUCAACUGAUAAACCAGAUAAUUCAACCGGUAUAAUAGACUUUUUACAAAAUCAAAAUUUAAUCACUCAUUUAAUUAAUGCCUUAGACAUAGAAUAUAACGACAAUGACAAUAAUAAUAAUGAUAACACAACAUCUAAUACUACAAAUACACCUAAUGAUAAUGAAAAUGUUACUCAUGCUACUAUGGAUGAAUUGUUAAUACGACAAUCAUCUGCUGCCGACUUUUUGAAGGCACUUAUUACUAUUUCUGCCAAUUCAACUACUGAUAAUUCAACCAUUGGACCAAAUGAAUUAACCAGAGAAUUGGUUUCAUACGAUCAAAUGAUUCAAUUAUGUAAUAUCAUGUUGAAAGGAGGAUAUGCAUUAGCUAAUGGAGUUGGUAUAAUUAUAGAAAUCAUUAGAAAAAAUAAUUCCGAUUAUGAUAUUUUACCUGUAUUAUACAUCACUUUGGAAAGUCAUCCACCAACAGGAAGAGAUCCGAUUUAUUUAGGUCAUUUAUUAAAAGUAUUUGGAUCUAAGAUUUCCGAAUUUAAUAAAUUAUUAAUGAAGGAUAAUUCUGAUAAUAAAUUGAAAACUCCAUUUGGAGAAAUUGAACCUUUAGGAUUUGAAAGAUUUAAAAUUUGUGAAUUGAUUGCUGAAUUAUUACAUUGUUCCAAUAUGGCUUUACUUAAUGAUAAUAAAGGUUUCGAUGUAGUAAAGGAAAGAGAUGAAUUGAGAAAUAAAAUGAAAGAAUAUGAUCCAAUCAGUUUCAAAUAUAAUGAAAUUAUCGUUCUCCCUGAAGAAGAAAAAGUUAAAGAACCUACCACUGAAGACGAGGAAGAUGAAGAUAAAACUUCUGAUUCUAAUUCUACCAGUCCUUCAUCCAAUAAUAAUAAUGAUUUCGCUAAUGAUACUAUAGAUUCAUUCAACAAUUCCAAAUUACACAUUGGAGAUUCCUUGCGUGAAGAUGAUGAAGAAGAAGAAGAACCUCAUGCCAAUGCCAAUCUUACCGAAGAACAAAUUAGAGCCAAUCCUGUUGUUGGUGAUUUCUUAAAGAUUGCUUUAUUUGAUACACAAAUAAUUUCCAAUAUUUUAUCGAUGUUUUUCAAAUUCCCAUGGAAUAAUUUCUUACAUAAUGUUGUGUUUGAUAUUGUUCAACAAAUCUUAAAUGGAUCAAUGGAUAUUGGAUUUAAUAAAUUCUUAGCUAUUGAUUUAUUCCAUUUAGGUGAUAUCACUAAUAAGAUCAUUGAAGGUCAAAAAUUAUGUAAUGAUUAUGAAAGUUUAAAUAAUGGAUUAAGAUUAGGAUUCAUGGGUCAUUUAACUUUGAUUGCGGAAGAAGUAGUUAAAUUCAUUCAAUUAUAUCCAACUAGUUCAUUAAGUGAAUUGAUUGAUAUUAAAGUUGAAGAUGAAAUUUGGGAAGAUUACGUUAAUAAUGUUUUAUUUGAUACUAGAGAAAAAUAUAAUGCCAUUUUAGGUGGUGGUGAAGAAGAUGAAGAAGAUGAAGAAGAUGAAAACACAACCUUUGAUGAUGGUGAUAAUGGUAUAAAUGAAAUAAUCGAAGAAGUAAAAAGUGGUCUAGUAUUUGAUCCAAAUGUUAAGGAUCGUAUUCUUGACAGUGAUGAAUCUGAGUCUGAUGAUGAUGAUCAUUUCACUAAUUACAUGACCCUGCAAUUAACCAAUACUGCUGCCAAUGAUAUUACAAAUCAUGCAACCACUACUGCUACUUCUACCACCACUCCAGCCUUAUCCUAUUCUGCCAAUGACGUUUAUGAAGAUACUGAUGAUUAUGUUGAUCCUAAUGAUGAUGGAUUAUCAUAUAAGAAAUCGCAUCCAUUAUACGAUUCAUCAGGAUUAUUAAGAGGAACUGAAGAUACUGAAACUUAUUCAAGUGAAGAUUCUUCUAGUUCUUCUGAAAAUGAUGAUCUGGAUGAAGAAGGUGAAACUGAAGAAAAUGAUUCAAAUGGUACUAAAUUAACUCGAGCUGCCAGUAAAGGUUAG